AUGAGAACUCGUUACAAGUGGCCAGGUGGAACUGGCAUCAUCACUCUAGGGGAUGAUGCCACGUUGGGAGACGUAGUCAAAGAGCUGACGUCCAAGACCUUUCUUACCGAUUUUGGUAUUAAAUUCGGACCGCCUACAGCAAUGAUAGCUCUCGAUAUGAGUAGAGUCAACCAGUCGGCAAAGGAAAUCGGUAUCCACGGAGAGACGCUGACUAUUGUCCCGAACGAGAAGCGGCCGCCCCCAUCCAGACAAAGUACCGGCGAGGAUCGACGAGAAAGCCACCAGGCACAACAAAAAAGACCUCAAGAUGUUAACGUACCUUGGGACGUCAGAGAUGGGACUCUUGUGCUCCGGGUGAUGCCAAGCGACAACAGCUGUCUCUUUACUGCAUUUGGCGGUGCUCUGCCCCAACAGGUACUACCAUCGAACCUGCGGCAAAUGAUGGCUGAUUACAUUCAACAACAUGUGGAUGUGUAUUCCGAAGCCAUAUUGGGAGUGCCUCCUGAACAGUAUUGUCGAAGCAUCAUCGACCCAGACAGGUGGGGAGGCGGCAUAGAACUCAGCAUUCUGUCUUCUAUAUUUGACAUUAAAAUAUGCACAUACGACGUGGAGACGCAGAACCUUAUUUCAUUUGGAGAAGGAAAACGUGACCAGUGUAUUCUGGUAUAUUCUGGCAUCCACUACGACCGGAUAGCUUUCAGUUAUUCCGAACACCCAUAUACCGACCCUACGCUGCCGCCCGAGAUGGACCGAACUACGUGGCCAGUAGAAGAUAAAGAGGUUCUCAUCAAAGCCAAGGACCUGGUUAGGAAGCUCCAUGGCGCUCACUACUUCACAAACAUGGAUGGACUGGUUCUGAAGUGUGAUGUUGCUGGCUGUGGUUGGAUUGGCUCAGGACAAGCCGAUGGCCAGAGACAUGCUGAAGAAACAGGCCAUACACAACUGAGCGAGAUUAUUGACACCCAGACGGAGGCUGUUCUUCGCAAGUGCAAUGUCCGAGGGUGCGAUUUCAUCGGCCAGGGGGAUAGUGCCGCAAGACAGCACUCGCAAGAUACUAGACAUGACUCUUACUCGGUGAUUGAGGAUUGGUAG